AUGAAACAGAAGCUGAAGCCCAUAGAGCAGAGCUUCAUGAGGCUCUGUGAGCGCUGUGCAGAGCUGCCUCAGACCGAGUGGCCCCUGCUUCACCGCGGGCCCCGGGGACUCUCUGGUUUUGUGGCUUCUGUCACAGACAUUAUCCAGAGUGGGCACCACCUCUGCCCCCCCCACACUGACCUGGGCCUGUCCCGCUCCUCCUCCUCCUGUCUGCAGCCGCUGAGAGCAGAGUUUUGGGCCCUGAGCUUCGUGUUUUGUGUCUUUCAUCGUGUCUGUCCGCGGAGCUUCAUCAGACGCGGCCCCUGCCCUCAGACAGCUGCUGCCGCUUAG